GUCAACUUUAUAGUCACACAAUCCGUUUUGUGAUCAUUUCUAUCUUUUUCAUCUCUUUUUUUUCAUUUAUUUAUUUAUUUAUCCGCUUUCUCAAACUUGCACACUUUUUUUUCUCUUUUAUGACCUCAACAGCAGUAAGGGUCGCCUUGCGUGUUAGGCCACUGACACACAGAGAACAACUCAGUAACUGCAGCGAAUGCCUUACGUUCAUUCCCAACGAACCUCAAGUGCUCAUUGGCACCGACAAGUCAUUCACCUACGAUCAUGUUUUCGAUACUACAGUGGGCCAGUCCCACGUUUAUUCUACCGCCGCAGCCCCACUAUUGCAUAAAUUUGUCGAUGGGUUCAAUGCGACUAUCUUGGCCUACGGGUAUGCGCUUUUUAUAUUUAUAUAUAUUUUCAUUUCAUCCUACACGAUAGUAGAUAAUAGAAUAACGCACUGUUGAAACACGGAUGGCGGCGUUAUUUUUUUGUUUUUUGGUACUUUACGUUGCUUACGGUGAUUUGUUUUAAAAUGCUAGUCAAACGGGGUCCGGUAAAACC